GUACAAGGCGACCUCUUUUUCCAAACUAAAAAGGAAUUAUUGAAUAAUUACAGGAAGGCUAUGGACUGAAAGAUGAAAUAAAAUGGCGCCUGUUGCGGGAGCCGUAUCGAGUUCUGAGACAAUGCAGCAGAAAAUGGAGGAAGAGAUGUCAGAAGCAUGCUGGAGGAAGGAAGUGGAUAUCAACCUCAAGAGGCUCCAAUCACUUGUCUUCGGAGCUGGACAGGCUCUCGAGAUGCACCAUUUUAGCUCCGCACAAAUACUGACAUUGGCCCUCAUCGGCUUUCUCGAUUCCCGCUCCAAUACAGACGUAGACGAAGUCUUCAUUCGCCCAAUUCGAUGCGAAGCCUUAUCGAACCUGGACGCCGCUCGCCACAAGUUGAUGAGUGAAUCUGAUCGCCAAGCUUUUGAACAGGCAGGGAGAGAUCCAGGCCACAUUUUUACCGAUAGAGAGAUUGGCAUUGAUAAGAUUAAAAGGUCGAAGUACUUUCACGCUCUUUUGCAAAUCUCGGAGGGAAUAGCUCAUCACAAAACGAAUGAUGCUCAUACUAGGCAGGAGAAUUUGUCUAGCAAGAUCUCAAAAUCACCAGUUCUGGCAAGUUAUGGGGAUGGCUCCAGGUUUAAGCAUAAGACGUACGAUAAAGAUAACAGCUCAAAUAUUCACUUUAUAGAAAAGAUUCAUUUGAAUCAUAACUCAUUGGAUCAUGGCGUGGCAUUGGGGAUUGAAGAUGAAGAGGUAGAAAUACCUGUUGGGAGAAGUCUCAAAAUGAAACAAUUGCACAUGGAAAACUUUGGGCAAAGAAACAAAAACGUGAAAUCUCCCUUGUGCAAUGAAGGAACUGAUACUUAUUCUUCUCAAAGGGGAUUCGUUACUGCCAGAUCAAAAUUGGAAAUGGAUGUGAGGCAAACUCGAGGAUUGAAUGGCUCACCUAGCUUUUCAGAGUGCCCACAGAAUAUUAGCACUGUGUCAAACAAGAGUUAUGGUGUAAAACCUUAUGGGAAUCCACGCCGUGGUAUUCGUGGUAAUUUUGUUUCACCAAUAAGAGGAAGUGGAAGUAAUGGUGGUGGUGGUAAUAUCACUUCAUGCAAUGCGAGGAAGGGAGAGGAUGCAUUAGAGGACUCAACACGGAGAUGCUUGGAAAUGCUUUGUGGUUCAGAUGGUGAACUUCCUGAGAAACUAAAGAAUCUAGAGCCUCGACUUAUUGAACAUGUCAGCAAUGAGAUUAUGGACCGGGAUCCCAAUGUUAGGUGGAAUGACAUUGCUGGGUUGGAACAUGCUAAGAAAGUUGUGAAUGAGAUGGUCAUAUAUCCAUUGAUGCGCCCUGAUUUGUUUAGUGGAUGUCGUUCUCCAGGCCGGGGUCUUCUCCUGUUUGGUCCACCUGGAACUGGUAAAACUAUGAUAGGGAAAGCUAUUGCUGGAGAGGCUAAGGCAACAUUCUUUUACAUAUCUGCCAGUUCACUAACAAGCAAAUGGAUUGGCGAGGGAGAAAAGUUAGUGAGGGCAUUAUUUGGAGUUGCUAGUUGUCUCAAGCCAGCAGUCAUAUUCGUUGAUGAGAUUGAUUCCUUGCUUUCUCAGCGCAAAUCAGAAGGUGAACAUGAAUCAAGUAGGCGGCUGAAGACACAGUUUCUUAUAGAGAUGGAGGGAUUUGACAGUGGAAGUGAGCAAAUUUUGCUUAUAGGUGCAACAAAUAGACCCCAAGAGCUUGAUGAGGCUGCAAGGAGGAGACUUACAAAAAGACUGUAUAUUCCACUCCCUUCCUCAGAAGCCAGAUCAUGGAUAAUCCAAAAUCUCUUGGAAAAGGACGGAUUAUUUAGUCUCUCAAAAGAGGAGAUUGAAAUUGUUUGCAGAUUGACUGAAGGGUAUUCUGGGUCUGACAUGAAGAACUUAGUGAAGGAUGCAUCAAUGGGUCCAGUUAGAGAGGUUCUUCAGCAGGGCGUUGAAAUCACAAAGCUAAGGAAGGAGGACAUAAGGACUGUCUCUCUCCAGGACUUCGAGAAUUCCUUACAAGAGGUAAGACCUUCAGUAUCAUUGAAUGAACUCGGUGUGUAUGAGACUUGGAAUAAACAGUUCGGGAGCUUAUCACUCUAGACGUGGAAAUCUCAAACUCAAAGUAAACCACUUGCGAUAAGACAAUGUUUCAUAUAUAUGUAGAUAAAACAAUGUUUCAUUGCCAAUGAAAACGUAAACUUUGUGCAGAUAAGCAUGCUGGUUUUGUUAAAUCGUGUAAAGUGAUAACGAAUUGUUUACAAUGUUUUCAGAAAGCCAUUUCUCCGUUUUUACCAGCAUGAUUUUUGAAGAUGUAAUUUAUAGCAGUCUAUCUGAGAAUUUUUUCUUUAAAUACCACUCAUCAAUAUCCGAUGGACAGAAAUAUCAGAACAUUUUGAUUUUAGGACAUAAUAAAUCUAUUCAGUUUUGUAAA